CCAUGGCGGAGGAGGAACACCUGUCGCCCUUCCACACCGAGAAAAUCGUCCAGUUCCAGGAAGUCACUGGAACAGAGGACUUGGGAGAAGCCCGCUCACAGUUGGAGAACCAUGGCUGGGACCUAGAGGCAGCCGUCCAGACACACCUUGCUCUGGGAGACAACCGCGCACCAACGCCUCCCAUUCCAGCGCAGAAUGGCAGAAAUGACCACAACGGUUGGCAGAAUCUGGCCGGGGUGGGCGGAGGAGGAGGAGGGAGUGGAGAUGGGGGAGGGGGAGGGGCUAACCGCCAUGACGAGGAUGACACAGACACAGAGGAUGGGGCGGACAGUGGCGAGAGAGAGAGCAGCUCUAACAGCCUGCUGCCUGCCUGGCCUCGGGGGAGCAUCUUCAGCUGGGGCUAUUAUCUCCUCACGCUGCCCUUCCGCAUCACCCUCUCCUCCCUCUCCUCCCUCUUCCUCUUCGUCUACAGGAUUGUCUACCCAUAUCCUCGCAGAUUAACUGACCCCCUAGGGGAUGUGCUGCAGUUCAUAGGACAGUAUGAAGCAGAGUACGGGCAGCAGUCCCCUGCCUUCUUCCAGGGCUCUUACUCACAGGCUCUCAGCCAUGCCAAGUCGGAGCUCAAGUUCCUCUUGGUCUACCUGCACUGUGCUGAUCACCAAGACACGCCGGCCUUCUGUAGAACAACACUGUCAGACCCAGCACUGGUGGAGUAUGUCAACAACACCAUGGUGUUCUGGGGCUGCUCUGUCACCACGGCAGAGGGCUAUCGUGUGUCCCAGGCCCUGAGGGAGAAUGCAUACCCAUUUCUAGCCCUCAUUGUGCUACGGGACAACCGUAUGACAGUGGUCGGCCGGUUGGAGGGACCCUGUACACCCGCAAAGCUUACUGAGCAACUGCAGCUGAUCGUUAGGGAUAAUGAGGCCUAUCUAGUGGUGGCCAGAGCAGAGAGGCAGGAGAGAGAGCUGACUGCAGCCCUGAGGCUCCAACAAGAUGAGGACUACCAAGAGAGUCUCCGUGCCGACCAGGAGAAGGAGAGAAAGAGGCAGCAGGAGAGGGAGGAGAUUGAGCGGAAGGAGAUGGAAGAGAGAGAGAGAGAAGAGGAGCAGAGGAGAGAGAAGGACAACAUUAGAAGACUGAAGAUGGAGAGUGUGGACAAGAUACCACAGGAACCAGAGGAAGGGGCUGAUGGCACGGUGCAUAUCGUGGUGAAGCUCCCUCAUGGGGCAAGGCUGGAGAGACGCUUCCUCAAGACAGACAGUCUAGAGGCCCUCUACUACUACAUCUUCUGCCAUCCAGACUCCCCAGAUAGGUUCCAGGUGACCACCAACUUCCCCAGACAGGUGGUGCCGUGCGAGCCCUCAGAGGCCAACCCCAGCCCUCCCACCUUCGAAGAGUUCCAUCUGCCCCCAAGGAGCAUGCUCUUUGUAUCGGACUUAGAUGCCUGAGGAGACCGUAGUAACCGAUGGACAGUGGGGAGGUGGGGGGAAGAUUAGUAAAUUUUUUUUUAUUUUUUUAUUCUUAUUCUUCAUUUGUUAGGAGUUGCAGUAGUCACAAGGAUUAAUGGAUUUGCAUAAGAGAAGGAAUUGACCAGUUAACCAUAAUUGUUGUGAAUGGUUUCAGUUUGCUGCAGUGAAGUGCACGAUUUGUUCUCGUUUACCCCCACCUUACCUCUGCCAUCCUCCCCUCCCCCCGUCUCCCUGCUGCCGCCCAGUGACGAUGGUGCAGGCAGGCUUGACAGGGGACUAGGGGGACAGUGCCAUGUGAUGUUAUGACGGGAAGCACGUGAACUACCGUUGUAUACAGAGGGUUUAUUGGUCAUCAUUGCCUUAAUUCCGUGUCUGUGCAUGGAAGUGAUAAAUACAUAGGCAGUAAUCAGGUAGAUUUAAUUCCAAAUCAAAAAAGGGAAGUAAACAAAGCUGCAAUGAAAACGAAAAAAAAAAAAUAUAUAACUGUUUCUGUGACAGGAAAGUAGAGAAUUCCCAGUGUCUGAAAGUCUGGUAUAAUUAAAAAGAACCAGAAUUUUAGUGAUAGUGUUGAUAGAUGUUUGCUUCUUGGGGGGUGUGAAGUGUGUAUUCUAUGUCUGGUUGGAGGGUGUACAUAAAUUUUGUAAGUAUAUUGUACUGUUUGCUUGUGGUAUGGGCUUGACAAAAUGUAACUAAAGAUGCUAGUUAGGGCAUUUAUUUAAUGACAACGAGAAAAGUAGGUAGCCAUUAUCCUAGCUAAUAAUUUUUACAGUUGAAAAAUUGUAUCUAGUGCUGUAUAUGAGAGAUUGAAGGAGAGGGAAAGGGAGACAAACAUUUACAAACAAAUCCUCAGGAACACAAACAUACUCAUUGUCUCUUAUUCAUUAACAUUAUACCCUCUUCCCUUUUUUUUUUUCUCCUUUUACAUCCUCCCUCCCUCUCUCCCUCGGUUUCCAGCAGAGACCCAGAGGCUAUGACAAGAUAUUAAGAUGGAGACAACACUGCUAAUACUUCCAGUGGACUUUUUCAAAAGUUGUGGCUGAGAAAAAGACUUUGUGCUGAAACUGUCUUCAGUCCCAUGUAUGUGAGGGGGCUUGUAUGUGCACUCAAGGUCUGAAUUCCUGUGGGAAUAAAAGUAACUAGAAAUGAGUAGUUUCUAACUUGGUUGGUGUCUUCUUAUAUGUAUAUUUAUAAUAACUGACAUCUUUCUUAUUUAUAUUUGCACUUUGCUGUGGGUGAAUUUGUUUUUGUGUGUGUCUAUAGCUUUAGAAAUGUGUCUGGAAACUAAGUCAGUGUUAUGUAUUGUGGGAAAGACAAACAAGAGCUGAUCAGGGUGUUUUAAGAAUUGAGGUGGAUAAUGGUGCUGUAUUUAGUUAGAUUGUAUCUGAAAAAAGAAAACUAAAUAGAAAAAUGGUAAUUGAAAAGAAAGUGAGAUGUGAAUUUUUUUGUUUAUUUUAUAUUUAUAUUGAUAUAGAUAUUUUUUUGAACAGGUGAAAUAGCCAUUGCUUUUGCUGAAAUACAGAAAAAAAAGCAGAGUUCAAAUUAAUGGGAACAGCAACUCAUAAGCAGAGAGGGACCCAUCGUAGGCUGCUGCUUGCUGUUCAGAAAUAAGAUUGAAAUGCCACACCAACUUCAACAUAUCUUGGUGGAUGGACCUCCUCCCUGCGUUGAAUUCCUACCCCCCCUAUCCUCUCGCUAUUCCUAUUCCUCCUCCUCCUCCUCCUC